UAAACAAAUCAGUGUCAAUUAACCGGUUCAAGACCGGUGUUAUUCAUCUCAGUCGCGCACAAAUGCAUAAUCACAAAUGUGAUAACGACGUUAUCAGUGAUAAGCCGCCCCACCUUGUCCAAAUAAGGCCACAAUCCUGUAAAUUACAUCACGUGACUGUCCCCCCAUCAACGAAAAUCCCUAUUCAUCUGUCAUUCUAAUGUCACAAACUGGGCGACGUCGGCGGUCCUAAACCUUUAAUUUGUUUCUAAUUAAUUACUUUCCUUCGUUUUUGUGUUAAUUUUCCGCAAUGGGGGAGCAACAAUUCGACUGUGCCCUCGACUUGAUGCGCCGUCUGCCGCCCCAAGAAAUCGAGAAAAACCUCGGAGACUUGAUCGACUUAGUGCCCCACUUAUGCGAAGACUUGCUGUCUUCGGUCGACCAACCUUUGAAAAUCUCGCGCGAUAAAGAGACAGGCCGCGACUAUUUACUAUGUGACUAUAACAGAGACGGGGACUCGUAUCGGUCCCCCUGGUCCAACACGUACUACCCCCCUCUGGACGACGGCUCCAUGCCGUCGGAGCGCCUGCGGAAGCUGGAAAUCGACGCCAACGACGCCUUCGACCAGUACAGGGAGAUGUACUUCGAAGGGGGCGUCUCGUCGGUCUACUUCUGGGACCUGGAGCACGGGUUUGCAGGCGUGAUUCUGAUCAAGAAAACGGGGGAUGGGAGCAAGAAAAUCAAGGGCUGUUGGGACUCCAUCCACGUGGUGGAGGUGCAGGAGAAGAGCUCGGGCCGGACGUCCCACUACAAAAUGACCUCCACUGCCAUGCUGUGGCUUCAGACGAACAAGCCGGGCUCGGGAACGAUGAACUUGGGGGGCAGUCUGACGAGACAGAUCGAGCAGGACGCCCCCGUUAAUGAAGCCAACCCACACAUUGCCAACAUCGGCCGGAUGGUCGAAGACAUGGAGAAUAAAAUCCGGAACACUUUGAGUGAAAUUUACUUCAGUAAAACCAAGGAUAUAGUUAAUAGUUUAAGGUCAGUGCAACCGCUGUCGGAGAGCAUGCAACAGCAGGCGCUGAAACAGGACUUGGCUGCUGCAUUGCAACGCAGACAGAACAAAUCUGAUAACUGAUGCCACGAUUGCGACAUUUAUCAAGAAAAUUGAUUUUUUAUGAUUUUGUACAUGCACGUAUUUUAUUUCUAAGCAUUAAGAUAUAUUUAUUAACUAUUCAAAUUCGCUUCAUUGGCUGUCAGAGUGGAGGGAGAGUCCACUGGGGGCCUAUUGUUCAUUGAUUAGAACAAUUUUUCAAUAAAAUUUUUCUUUAAAAUCCA